CAUUGCAGCCUGGAGCUAAAUUAGCCGCGAUGUCCAAUAAGAGUAAGUCCCAGCCGCAGCAGCAGCAGCAGCAGCAGCAACAGCAACAGCAGCAGCAACAGCAACAGCAACAGCAACAGCAACAGCAACAUCCUUCGCACGUGAUCAAAACAGCAGUGGAUCAAGUACCACCGCGGUAUCAACCACCGCCGCAACCGACCAGUGGUAUUCUCAAGAAUCAUCCUCAUUUCGUUGCGAACCCUUCCGUGCAGACUUCCGUGUCAACUUCGGUUCAAGGUCCAGCCGCGACCUUGAAUCAUCAUCAGCCGACGCAACAGCGACCGGUGUCGCAGCAAAAGGAUGCGCAGAGCAAGUAUUCGCCGAGGAUAGAACAUCGACAUCAUCCUCAAGGCGGAAACACGUUGACUGCACCCGUCACAAAAACUCAACCGCAUAGUUACCUUCAGGCCAAGAUCGGCCAAGGUCAAUACUUGCCACCUAACGGUCAAUAUCCCACGGUAAAUAGUACACAAACACCGCCGAUCAGACAAAGGAUCAGCGACGAAGAGUUCCUGAGGCUCGGACCCGUGGAGAUGCUUAAAUUUGUCCGCAAGACGGAGAGCGACAUCGCGAGGCUCGCCGCCGAGCAAAAUCGACAGAUACAGAGUUUGCUGAGCGAAUUACGAGCUCUGAAAGAGGCGAACCAAAGACUAAGCGAUGAUAAUCAAGAACUACGGGAUCUCUGUUGUUUUCUGGACGAUGAUCGGCAGAAGGGACGAAAAUUGGCGAGGGAAUGGCAAAGAUUUGGACGAUACACGGCGAGUGUUAUGCGACAAGAAGUUUCCGCGUAUCAGAAUAAGUUGCGUCAGUUGGACAAUAAACAGCAAGAGCUGAUCAAGGAUAAUCUUGAAUUGAAGGAACUGUGUCUUUAUCUGGACGAAGAGAGAGGAGGUGGUCAGAGAGACGACGGGGAUGGUUCGAGUUCCAGCACCAAUGCCGAGGAAACUGCACCUCCUAGACCUAGGCAUAUUUCUACCUUUAAUGCUGAAAUACACUUUACAGAUCAAACUAUGCAGUAUGUAAGGAGUUUGGAACAGCGGGUAAAGCAACUCGAAGAAGACAAGAGUGUCCUGCAAGCGCGCGCCCAAGGAUGGGAAGUACAACCCGGCGAAAUUUGGGGAAACCAAAAUAGUCCUGGUGAAAAUCCUCACAUAGGAGGUCGACCCGAAGCAGUGGUACGAGCUCUUCAAGUUCUCGAAGUUAGAGAACAACUUGAAAGAGAGGGUGGCCACGAUGGAGAGAAGGCUUUGGUUAGAGAAAUGUGCAAUGUUGUUUGGCGGAAAUUGGAAGAAGGUCCACAAACGAGGCAUUGAUAACCGUUCUUUUUCUUAACGCGAUUCGUCAAAUCAUAGUGUAAAUCACGCAAUCCGUUCGUCUGGAUAGCGUAUCCGAUAGUAUUAUAGUAGUUAAUGUAAAUGUUACGAAUUUCAUAGAUUUAUACGUAUGUACCUCUACAAGUAUUUCGAUGUAAGUAUCAAUGUGCCUAGUGUGCGAAUUUUGUAUAAAUAUCGUAGCGCCGUUAGAUUGCCUACAUGAAUUGUUAACAAACUUUAUUUUUAUUAUAAA